AGUCGUGGUUGCGGUCGUAUACGUAGUGAGCAGGACGGAAAGAUAAUAGCAAGAGCAGAUAGGUUCAAGUAAGAGGAGGUGAUUGGGCGGGUGGAAGCUAGAAAUCCUCGUCGAAAUGCAAACAUCAAAUCCUCCGUCGCAGCGCACGAUGCACCGACGGUCUCCGGGACCCGAUGGAGGGCCCUCCAACCCCCCCGUGCGGUCCAUGUCUCCAGCAAACAUACAGCCACGCUCAUCCACCGCUUCAAGUAGAUCAGCUGGCGGUAGCGCAGGCAGUUCGAGGCGGAAUCAAUCAAAUGGCGCGAGUAUGCCCCUCUCGCAAAUAGAAAAAAGCGUCACACACCUCCUUGUUGCCACGAAACAGCUCUUGGAAACUCUGACGCAAUGGUCUCGUGGCGCUGCUACGGACACCCAAGUGUCAGAUGUCUACGUACGAUUGGGAUACGAAUUUAACAUGGCUUGUCGCGCGUUCACUGCCAUCAAUGUAGAUACUUCCGACCUCGGAAACGUGCCCGAGUCUUUACGACAUAUUCUCGAGGCGACCUUGAGCCAAGAAGCCAGUACGGAAAGCCUAGAGAAGUACCUACCUCGAAUACGUGAUAUCAUAAUUAAUCUGCUUCAUGGCUUAAAGAGAAAGCAGCAGAAGCUCAGACAGAGGCAGUCUAGGGACAAAGAUGGUGGUAUCCCUGAAGACAACGGGAUGGCUUCCCGCACUAUGAGUACCAGCACCGUUGGAAGCAAUGGCACCGGUCUUACAACCCUGUUGAACGAAGGACUCGAGAAUGGUUAUAACAACGCAGUACAGAGAGAUGGCGGUGGCCGAGGAUCUGGAGGUAGUGCAGCUACGACUGGCGUUGAAACGUCUCCCAGCCGAAGAUUUCAGCGAGAUCAGUCUCAAGCUUCACUAGCAUCGGACAUGUCAUCUCUUUCCAGCAACACGAUGCAGAAUAUCCCUGUGUUGCCUCCGUAUCCUGGAGAUGAGACUAUCCCAGCUGGCCCAUCCAAAGGCAGUUUGGAUAUUGAUUCUUUUCCUCCACCUCCCCCUCCGCCCAAGUCUCAACAAAGUGCCCUUGCUGCUCUUCAAAGGGGAAAGGACCUCGAGAGAAGGGCAUCCCGAAGAUACUCGGCAUAUCAGAUUUCUAAACACUUGGGAGCACCGACCAAUGGCGUACCCAUGCUGCCGACACAAAAUACUCCAGUGCCUAAUCGAGGACGCGCAGAAGUUCGAGAGUCCAUGCGAGCAGUACAAGUUAGAGAAUCCAUGCGCCAUAACCGCAAUGCAUCUAAUCAAUCUAAAAGCAUGUUUGAAAGCUCACCUAUUCGAGUGCCUAGCGAAAUAUCCGAAGAAAGUUCAUUGGCCGAGUUACCACCUCCAAAGGAUGUCUCACCGACGCGGUCUCCCGAUGAGAAAUACCGGCCAAGUGCGACAAUAUCGGGCCCUUUACUAGAUGCAUUUCCAAUAAAUGGCUCGGAAGCCUCUGUUGAAGAUAAAUCUAAGGUUAACCUCCCUAGAGAGUCGCACCAGCGGCCUGAAACACCCAGCAAUAGGGAGCAGAGGGAGUUUACACAAGAACAGUCUCCGCCACUAGAUAAAGAGCUGACUCUUUUCCUACAAUACAAAUCGAAGGUGAAAAAGUUCGUCCUUCCAGAAGGCUAUACUGGGUUGACAAUUGGACGCCUCCAACUUGCUUUUAUCGAAAAGUUCUCUUGGAACACUGCUCUAAAUGGCGCUGAUUUACCUGAAAUUUAUAUACAAGACCCAGUUUCUGGUGUACGGCAUGAGCUUGAAGACCUCUCUGACAUUAAGGACCGGACGGUUUUAGCUCUCAACAUUGAGCCUCUUGAUGAGGUGAAAAAGCACAUUGACGAAGGCUUGGGUACUCUAAGGAAAACAAUGGACGAAGUCCGACAAAAUGUCACCGACCAAGCGGCAGCCUUACAGCAAGUGUCAGACAGGCAACUAGAAACAGCCAAAGAAAUGGCACGCAUGGCAGCAGCGCCACCUAUUACCGCUGAUGGCUCUAGAACUAGCGGCACGGGUUUUGGGGCCAAGCUUAACCCCAGCCAGUCCAGAGAGUUGCAAAGUCUGCGCCGUGAUCUCGCUAUAUUGCGCCAAACGUAUUCCAAUUUCCAAACUGAAAUUCAGAGCUCCAUGUCUUCACUACGAAACAAAGCCGCCAACGUCAAAGUCGCAGCUGUUAAGGCAGUUAUGCCUAAUGAUGAGGGCGAUGCAGGGUAUAGCUAUGUUGUAAAGGGCCGAAAACAACUCAAUGCAGACUCUGAUCGACUUGUCAAUAAAGUUGACGAUCUUCAAGAUCUUGUCGAGGAUUUGCGAAAAGACGUUGUUAAUCGCGGUGUCCGACCCUUGCCUCGGCAGCUUGAAGGCGUAUCCAAGGACAUCCAGGUUUUGACUAAGGAGCUCAAGAAGAUGGAGGAUUAUAUGAAACGCGAGAAACCCGUCUGGACGAAGAUUUGGGAGAAGGAGUUGGAGGAGGUCUGCCAGGGCCGUGAUGAAAUGAAACUUAUGGAAGACCUCAUGAUUGACUUAAAGGAUGAUCUCGAAAAAGCAACAGAGACAUUCACAUUGGUAGAACAAGCGACGAAAGAACAGAUGAAGGAAAACACUCCCGCGGCGAGGCAAUUCUCUCGAGGCCUACAGAAUCUCGGCAACAGCGCUGACCAGAGUGCUGCAAAAGAAAAUGUCUUGGGCGAAGUGCGGGCACUACAACCUAAUCACGAAGAUCGAUUAGAGGCCAUCGAGCGCGCCGAGAAACUUCGGCAAAAGGAACUCGAAAGUCGAAAGGAUAAUCCAAUGAAGAAAGAAUUAGCUAAGUUUGUUAAGGAAGACAAACUGAAGAAGAGCGGUGGUUUCGAAGAAGUGGAAAGGGCGAGAAAGGCCAAAGACGAUCGUAUUAGAAGAGAAGUAUGGGAACGCAUGAAUGGCAUUGUACCGGAAAAUCCGGUGGGAGAAGAAGCCAACACUAGUGAUGCCCCAACAACAAUGGAAGAUGAGGGAGAACCACCCCAGGCAUGAAAGAAACAGCGAAGGGAAUGAAUGAAGGAACCCCAUAUUUUUAUACCUGUAUACCCCUUAUAUUUGUGAUGUUUAUUCUUCUAGUACCUAUGCCUCUUCACGCUUGUACUUUCACUGCAUCAUGUUUAUAUCAUGUGUCUAUAUGGUCCUGUCAUAGCCUCGGAGUGUUUGCUUUAAUAUUGAUUUCCAUUCUCUGUCUCAUAUUGAUCUGAGAAGACUUACACACUUUUAUCUCACUUUGUGCAUACAAAUAUCGAACGAACCGUUGGUUGUUAUGGAAGCCUUUUUUGAAUUGUUUGACUCACAAUCCUUGUCAGCUAUAUACAUAUCGCCAGGAUUGCAGAACUGAAGUUAGUGCCCAUUCUUCCAUCUUCCU